AUUUAAAUGGCGUUCAGGCCAAUCGCAAAUAAAGACACCCAAUCAUCAAAAAUGGGGACAUUUCACCCCAUCUGCUGUUCAGACAUGACAUCAAUUAAUUUUUUCCUGUGUGAUUUCUAAUUUCUCACUUACUUUUAUCGUUUUGUAACAGAAGCCUGGUAACGCUGGAUAAGGCGUGUUUUCAAAAAGAUCAUUCUAGGACUCAUUCAAAUUUCAUUGCAGGCUCUCAAUAACUGUUGCCGUCACUCACCGGGCUCAACUCUAAAAUGUCUAAAUCUCGAAUCUGAUGCUUCACGUAUGGCCCAGCUUUCAAAAAUGGUAAAGCACGUCCCCCAAAGUCAAUUCAGCCCGGUCGUUUUCUAUUACAUGUAAGUUUUUUGUCCUUUCAUCAGGGAAAUAUAACAUCAUGCUUUUGAAAGUGUUGACUCUUAACACACGAUGGUAUUCGAGGUAUUUUCAAGUUCAUGCGUUUCACUCAACUUGCAGUUCACUUGGAUUUUUUCCUGUUACAGCUAUUACAUCUGCAUUGAUUGCGGACUCGAUUCGUGUUAUCACCAAUGCAAAUAUACACACCUGGGAAUGACAGGGCGGUAUGGGUUACACCAGAUAAUCCGUAACAGAAAUGUUUUCGGAUAUGCCAUACAAAUGGUAUUAAUUUUCAGUCGUUUUAUCGGAUAUUCAUCUUAAAACGGUCAAGUCAUUUCAAUUCUUGUGACUGAACAACCGUACAAUGGCGUAUCUGUAUGGUGAUACAAAUUGAUUUCCAUGUUGUUUUCAUGCAUAACGGGAACACCAUCAUUCUUAUCGCCGCUUCAUCUUGCAAGUAAUAACAUCAAAUAACCUACAAACAAGUGGUAAUACCAUUUCGCCGUGUCUGCAUCAUUGAUGAAUACAUCCGCUGAAGUAGAUCUCAUACUCGAGGUGAGCCGACUCAGUGAAAUUUUUACAAUGCAUGGUAAACGGUUUGCAAUACAAUUAUUGCAACCUAUGUAAGCUUUUUGCCCACAUGAAGGUCGUACAUUUGGGAACAUGCACAUCAAAUGAGGUCCAAACGCAUCACAGUCACACAGGCCAAUUUUUUUCGAUCUAAGACACACAAGAAUGAGUCACUAUUAAACUACUACCAGUUAAUCAGGCACGUUCACCUCC